AUGUGGAGAGUCCGGGGAACUUUCUUCGUGUUAUUGGUCGUUACCUAUUUUUGUCAUGCAGGGGGGAGACCAAGGCACAAAGCUUUGAGAGAUCGUCUUGUAGAAGAUAUUAGGAGACUUUUGGAACUUACUGAAAACGAGGCAAUCCGGGUUGAAGAAGAGCGGGAAACUAAAAGCGAAAACCAGACGCACAACGAAAACGAAAUAGAUAAUAAGAACAUCGGUCCCGAUGAUCCAUAUGAGCAGCUGUUGUCCAGUUUUGGUGUAGUAGUGAAUGGUAAAGUCAAACAUUCUAAGUGGCUACAUCCGGAGGACUCGGAAAAGUUUAAGGAACAGAAAUUAGACAAAACCAUAGAGAGAAAAGAAGAAAUAGACAAAGAAGGGGGACCUGGAAAAGACAAACGCAGAAAAAGAAAUUUUGGACCGAGUUCGGCAAACUGGCCCAAAGGCAUAGUUCCUUACAUCUUUGAUGAUAAUUUACUCGCAAAUAGGGGACCAUUCCAGGAGGCAAUUUUGUUGUUCAACAAAUUCACUUGUAUUCGCUGGAAGCCAAGGUCAUCUGAAGUAGCCACAGAAGCAGGACAUUCAGGAUAUGUUCGAGUUCAAAGCGGAUCAGGUUGUAGUUCCGGUGUUGGGUUUUACGGAAAUGAUGAACACGUGAUAACAUUAGCAGAACCCGGAUGUGGAUCGGUCGGAAUAGCGGUUCAUGAAAUGUUGCAUAGAAUUGGACAAAGGCACGAACAGUCUCGAAGUGAUCGGGAUAGGUAUGUCAGAAUUGUCUGGAAAAACAUCGAUCCCGAUAUGAAGUAUAAUUUCUACAGACGUUUGACAUACAAUCGGAAUCCGUACGAUGUAGGAAGCGUAAUGCAAUACGGUUAUACGUCAUUUGGCGCUGGAAAAACCACAAUAGAAUUAAGAGACAAAAACCUUUUAUUUCUGGAAGUCCCAAGUGACCAGGUCUUCUCCUUUUAUGAUUUGAAGGACAUUUUGGAUCAGUAUGAAUGCACCGCACAUUGCACUUCACCCCCUGUCUGUGAAAAUGGUGGGUACGUGAACUUUACAUGUCAGUGCUCCUGUCCUAAGGGGUUUACUGGGAGCACGUGCCAGACAGUGAUUACAGAUUCAGAUUGUGGUGGAUUCGUUUAUCUUAAGGAGAAUGAUCUUGUCCUAGAGCCAAACAAAGAUGUAUCAGUCACAUCUCCUAAUUACCCCGGCCCUACCGGACAGGGGAAAAUAUGUAGAUGGGCAGUUAAGGCACCCGAAGGUUACAUUAUAAAAAUGACCAUAGAUGACCUUCAUAUGGCCUAUAACCCGGAAACAGUUCGGUGUUAUCAUUGGCUGGAGAUUCAGUACAACCUUCCAGGACAAGCUGGCAUCCGUCGAUGUGGUGAUAUCGUUGGAGAAACCUUCCUGACGUCAGUCGAUUCACCCACAUUAAUGAUCGUUACCAUGGAUACCAAAUUUGUAGGCAGCAGGGUUACACGAAAAGGAUUCAGACUUCACUUUGAAAAAGAGAGAGAGGUGUGUAGGGACAACCCUUGUCAGUAUGGAGUGUGUAUUCCAUCCGAGCAGAAGGCCUGUCAGUACAAGUGUGUGUGUCAGCCUGGAUACACGGGGGGCAACUGUGAUCAAGUCAUAGAUGGUGCUCAACUUAAAUGUACUUUCGAGAGGUUUGAGAAGUGUUUCUUCAGCAAUAUCGAGGAAGGGGAUAACUUUGAAUGGGGAAUUGGUUUUAAACAUAGCAUAUCAACAAGGACGGGACCGGAGGGUGCAUUCAAAGGGCAACGAUUCUUAUUUGCUGAAAUGUCCUCACCCAGAAAACCCGGAGAUAAGGCCAUCUUCAAAACAAAAGUACCCCUGCCAGAACAGCCUGGUUGCCUUUCUUUUGCAUACAAUAUGUUUGGCAGAAACGUUAACAAGCUGUCGUUGUUUUCCGAGGGAACAAACACAGCUAAAUCAUCACUGUGGACAAAAGAAGGUAAUCAAGGAUCUGAUUGGUUGACGGCGAAAGUAAAUGUUCCAGCAACAGCGGGACUAAAGCUGUCUUUUGAGGCUAUUACAGGAGACUCUUGGGAUAGUGACGUAGCACUUGAUGAGAUCACGUGGGAGCUAGGGCAAUGUGACAUGACCAGUAAAAAGGACUGUAUUGAACCAGGAAAAGAGUACGAAGGCACACGUGACUACACGAAAGGCGGGAUCAAAUGUCAAGCCUGGGCAUCGAAUGAGCCACACACAGUAACUUCAAAGUAUACCUACCUCGCCAAUCAGUCUAACUACUGUCGAAUUGCUGACGAGCCAGCGCCUUGGUGUUACACGACUUCUACCUCGACACGAUGGGACUGGUGUGACGUACCAUACUGUGCUUCAACUGAGUGUGCUUAUACACUGAACCAAGCUGAUUACAGUGGAACGGUUAGUCAUACAAAAACAGGCAUUCCGUGCCAGAGAUGGGACUCUCAAACUCCACACACACAUUCAUAUAACAAUCUCGUGAAGGAUGAAAACUUCUGUAGAAACACAGACAACAGCGCUGGAGCAUGGUGUUACACACAAGAUCCAGAUACUCGCUGGGAGUUGUGCGAUGUACAACAAUGUGAGAAAAUUCAGAGCGACUGUAUUAUGACCGGCAGAGGCUUAGACUAUGCUGGAACAAUUUCUACAUCUGCUUCUGGGAAAAGCUGUCUUAAUUGGCCAGUCGAAUCAAUGAAGGGAGAUGCCAAUUACUGCAGAAAUCCUGACAUGUCAUCUAAGCCUUGGUGUCACGUACAGGGUGAAACAGGCCCAACGAAGGAAUAUUGUGAUAUAAAAUCAUGUGCGGAUUCACCAUGUUUUCCAAAUCCUUGUAAAAAUAGGGGUCAUUGUGAGGUGGACGGAACGUCCUACAAUUGUACAUGUCUGGAGGGGUUCAAAGGGGAUAAAUGUGAAAUAGAAGAUGUACUGGAAGAGGUUGAUUGUAAAAGAACUACCACAGGGUGGGAAUAUCAAGGGAAGAUCAGCGUCACAAAGUCGGGGAGGACAUGUCAAGCAUGGGUAUCCCAGACUCCCCAUUCCCAUUCCUUGGGAACAAACUUACCUGAAAAUUACUGUAGAAAUCCUGAUAGUGAGCCAGCACCUUGGUGCUACACAAUAGAUCCAGACAAACGUUAUGAGAUUUGUGAAAUUCCAGAUUGUGUGACUCCAGCAUUAGAAUGCCUCCCUAGCUCGGAUCCUAAAGGUGAGCGCUAUUACGGAACACAUAAUGUGGCAGAUACCGGAGACUUAUGUCAGGCCUGGAACAGCCAGUCCCCAAACACACAUCGCUAUACUUACCUUAGUGACCAAGCCAACUACUGCCGGAACCCGGAUGGCGAGCCCGCCCCAUGGUGUUACACUGUCAACCCUAACGUUCGUUGGAGCACCUGUAAUAUUCCUCACUGCUGAAAUUAAAAACUUUUUACCGUUGACAACCAUUUUGUUCAAUAUAAUGUAUUUUUUCUUUGAUUUACAAUAUAUAUUAGUUUUUCCUUACUUGCUUUAAUUUGUGCCCAAGUAUCCAUACCUU